AUGAUGCGCUUGUCCUUUUGGAGCCUAGUAGCGGCUGUGGUAGCGAAUGGCCUGUCCGCUCCGGCGGUUGCGAGCGAACAGGGUCUCAAGGACAUCAAGCACAUCGUUCUGUUCAUGCAGGAGAACCGCGCGUUUGACCACUACUUUGGUACAAUGGAGGGAGUGCGUGGUUUCCAGGACCCUAACGUUCACAUCUCGAAGAAUACGGGCAAGGACGUGUUUCACCAGCCGGUGGACCAGCACAUGAAGAGCCCCAAGCCGCCAAAGGACGUGACGGAGCUCCUUCCUUGGUACCUGAACUACCAGGGCGGUGAGUACUAUGACAAGACUCAGUGCAUGGUAGCUGGUACGAAUGACUGGCGCCAGAACCAUGAGGCGUGGAACAAGGGCGAAAUCGAUCGGUGGGCAACUGCCAACACGCCCUACUCGAUCGGCUACUAUCGCCGCUCGGACCUUCCUAUCCACUUUGGUCUUGCUGGUAACUUUACAGUGGCGGAUACAUACUAUGAAUCGGUGAUUGCGUCGACGGACCCUAACCGUGUUUCUUGGUUCUCGGGCACAAUCAAUGUUGGCAACAGCGCAGUGCAGGGGAACGCACGGAACCUUGGCGGCCCUGUUAUUGACAACAACCGUGAUCCUCGCUGUCUCAAGGCGGACAAUGGUUCCGAAUUUUCGUGCCGUCCUCUGAAGUGGAAGACGGUGCCCGAAUACCUCCAGGAGUCGGGAAUUUCGUUCCAGGUGUACCAGGACUUUGACAACUUUGGCGACAACACGCUCGUUGAAUGGAAACAAUACCAGGAGGCGUCUGCCAAGAAAACGGAUCUGGCCAAGCAUGCCGUUGCGUUCCCCGGUCUUGCCAAAUUUUUCAAGGACGCCGAACAGGGUAACCUGCCCGAGGUAUCCUACAUUGUUGCUCCGAUGCAGCUCUCCGAGCACCCUCCGUUUACUCCGAACGAUGGUGCGUGGAUUCAGCGCAAGGUUGCUGAAGCGGUCAUGCAUGGCAAGAACUGGGAUAAAACCGCACUGAUCUACUCGUAUGACGAGACGGGCGGCUGGGCGGACCACGUCAUGUCGCCCCACCCGCCCAAAGACUCACGGGGCGAAUGGAUGAUCGAUCCUUAUAACAAAUCGCAUGGCAUGGUGCCCACUGGCCCUGGGUUUCGUCUUCCUUUCUAUAUUGUCUCUCCCUGGACCCGUAACGGUGGUGUGUUCACGGAACACUCGUCGCACGAGAGCCAGAUCCUCUUCCUGGAAGAGUGGUCGAAGGCCGUCGGCAAGCCGUUCCACUCGAAGGAGAUCAACGAAUGGCGUCGCAAGCACAUGAGCAACCUUGUCAAGGCCUUCGACUUCUCGCAUGCUGACACGAGCAUGGUCCAGCUCGAGGAAAUCCCCAAGGCAUCUCAGGACGCCGUCACCGGCGCUUACAAUGGCGCGACGAUGUGCCAGCUGCGCCACGUCGGACUUGUACAGCCCAAGGUGCCGUAUGGCAAGCAGAACGAAGAGGAUGCGCUUCGUGUCGAGUCGGGCUACAAGCCGACGCGCGGUGACCUGACGGAAGGUCGCCUCCUCUCGUUCGAAGCUAAUGGCUAUGCAUUGGCUCACGGUGGACACCGCCUUGGCGCCUCCAAGGCACAGGACAGCCACAAUGGCGAGAACCAGCUCUUUGUUAUCUAUUGGCAAGGUUCUGCGCCAAAAGAUAACCGUUUCCUAAUUGGCACCGCCGGCAGCAACCCCCGCUACCUCACCUCCAGCCUCAAAUUUACGUCUAGCCCCAAGAAAGCUACAGAGUACUCGUUUGUCGACCAAGGAAAUGGCCAAGGCUACACCAUUACCGAGACGCACUCGCAGAAGCAGUUGUCCAUCACCAAGGAUGGCUCUGUUGCACAUGCAAACUACGCCACUUUUACGAUCUACAGCGUUACGAAAUAA